AUGGAACUCCUCGGCGAGAUGUCUCAGAGAGGGUUGGUUGGCAACACAGUCACUUACACAACUCUUAUCCAAGGGUUUUUUCAAGUUGGAGAAUGUGAAAAGGCCCAAAUGGUAUUCAAACAGAUGAAUAAUGAUGGUGUGCCUCCCAAUAUCAUGACAUACAACAUUUUGUUAGUUGGACUUUGUAAUCAUAGGAAGCUAGAGAAAGCAUUAGUGGCUGGGAAGGUGGAAGAUGGGUGGGAUCUAUUUUGUACCCUCAGCCUUAAAGGAGUGAAGCCUGAUGUUGUAACCUAUACUACAAUGAUCUCAGGAUUUUGUAGGAAAGUUUUAAAGGAGGAAGUAGGUGCCUUGUUCAAUAAAAUGAAAGAAGACGGACCUCUUCCAGAUAGCGGUACUUAUAAUACGCUUAUUAGGGCACAUCUUAGAGAUGGUGACAAAGCAGCAUCAGCGGAACUCAUCAGAGAAAUGAGGAGUUGCGGGUUUGUUGGAGAUGCUUCAACUUUUGGCUUGGUCACAGAUAUGUUGUUUGAUGGGAGAUUGGACAAAACCUUCUUGGAAAUGCUUUCUUAAGACAUUCAUAAGUUCAUCAUAAGCCUGUUAUGUUUCUUUUCUGGUAAUUACUUUCUAAUGCCCCAAAACUGAGAAAGCUUCCACUCUAACUCUAAAAGUUGCUCAAGCGGUGAAAAGGAACUCGUUAUGAAGAUAUUGAAUGGGAGGACAUGGGUACAUCUGUUUUAGUCUCUCUUCUAUUUUUAUGCUGUUUUAAUGUAAUUUUUUUUUUUGGUUUGUGAACUGCUUCAUCUUUUCUUCUCUGUACUCUUAUAAGGCAACAAUCGAAGGACUAAAAGUAGAAGAAGUAACAUUGAGAUCGUCUGCAGAUGGAAUAGAUUUCACUUUUCUUCUCUUCACUCACGUGAUGAAUCAAUCACAAAGAUCAAAUCAGACCUUUAUAUUAAAACUACCAAAAGACUAAAAACUAAAAAA